UCUAACUUCCCGCCCCUUUCCCCAGUCCCUGAUGCGUGUCUCUGUGAUUUUAAGAAUCAUUCGUUGUCACUGCUCAAAUUGGUCCAGCGGCCAUGCCUUCAGGCCGGCUCCUGAGCCCCUCUGACACAGCCCCAUCCUUCUCGAACACCCCCUUCCUCGCUGGCACACCAAGACGUUCCAGGCGCAUCUUGUGUGCUUCCUGCCCCACUCCUGGAAUCAGCCAUGUCUCCCAGGGGCCCUGGAUCCUUUUUUGGGGGGGUUGGGGUGGGGAGCUAAUGUUUAGAAGCCAAGAUAUGGGAGCCGCAUGUGCUGGUUGCUGCCGGGCUGUCUCAGUGGACAGAGUUACAAAAUAGAUUUACAUUUGAAUCUCCAGUCCACACUGAUACCUUCUAUCUAGUCUCUCCCUGUGGGGUUCUUGGGUGCAUUUUCCAUAUUUAUAUCUUUCUCCCCCAGGGAAGCCCUGACUCCUAAUAGUAUCAAUACACAUGUUACUUUGUUCAGUCUCAUAAUACAUGACAGUUUCAGAACCUCUACACCCAAACCACUUCUGGGAACAUACCCGCUGAACAAAGUUCACCGUUUUUGUGCCAUUUCUUUUAUCAUUGGAGCGUGUGUUGUGUCCAGACCUUGAUUGGGCUGGGUCUUAUCCAUUUCUGUGUGGUUGUUUUUCAUUUGAAACAUGAUUAGGUUCAUUUCUUUUCUGUUUAUAUUCCUGUGAAAGCUUUUUUCCUCCAUCCUUGUGGAUUUAAUUCUAUUGUUCAGUAUAAAAAACAUUGACACAGUUUAAAAACUGUAGAAAGAGGAAUACUCAGAGGGUGUCAUUCCCUCCUGCAUUCACUUUCAAUCCCACCCACACCCUGUAGAGAACCAAUUUCACUGGUUCCUGGUUUAUCUUUUUCACUGGUCGCUGUGUUUCUUUUGCAAAAGCAAGCAGGUAUGUGUAUCUUUUAUUCACACAGUACUAAUCGCCCCCUUCUUUAUUACACAGCACGUAGCAGACUACAUACACUCUUGUACCUCCUCCCAGCCCACUUAACAAUAUAACCUGGCAAUCACUCCAUUCCAUUCACAGAGAGCGACCUCACGCCUGUUUGUGGCUGCAUAGUACUCCAUCCUGGGCUGCAGCAUAUCCCAGUAGCUUCUCUCCUGUGUGCAGACCUUUGGGUUGCUUCUAAUAUUCUACAUUUACAAACAACAAUGGGUACCCUUCUGUAUGCACAGUUGCCUAUUUAGGGAGGAUUUCUAGAGGGGGAAUUGCCCCUUCUGCAGCAUGGGGGAUAAUCAUAAGAUUGGAUAGGGUGUGGUGUGGUGUACACACGGCCUUUCACCAGGUGCAGGGAAUUCACGGUGGAAGGUCACUGUUGGACAGCUUGGCCUGGUUGGUCAAACUGCUCUCGUAUAGUGUUUUACUUUAGUGUGAAAUUUUCUCUCUGAGUCUGGGGUCAGGGGCUCAGCUGGAAUCAGAGGCUAGUAGGGAUUGGGGCUCCAAUAGAGCUGGGGGCUCAGCUCGGGAGCAGGGCUCAGUUGGACCACAGGGCAGGGCUGUGCCUCUGCCCUCAGCCUCCCUGGGAGGGCUCAACUCCACAUAUAUCGCCGCUGCGCCCUCUCCUCAGCCUGGUGCCCUCUCCUUGGUCCUCAACAAUCCCAGGGUAAGUCAGCCUGAGCCAGGUCAGGACAGAUGUGAGGGGAGCAGCCCUGAGUGGGGGUCCCAGCAGCGAUGUCCCCAGCAGGGCUGGCUCAGGGGCAGGACAGGAACGGCAAGCCCAGGGCAGACCCCCGCGUGUCCCCAGGGGGCUGUUCACCUCCGCUAUGUGUCCUCCCAGGUGACUGGGGAGAGGUGGCACUGCCUCUCUAGGCCUUAGCUUCCCCCUUGUGGAUGAGUAUACUGCAGGCCAGGCCUAGCCCUGUCUUGGGGAUAAAAUGGGGUGCACCCAUGCCUUUGGUGAGGUAGCCGGGAGCACUCGUGUGUGCAUCCCUGGACGCACCCUGAUUAAGCACCUACUGUGCGCUGGGCAGGCUUGGUGUGGCAGGGGAGAAAGCAGUGGAACAGCGGGCCCUGGAGGGGCUGCUUGUGGGGGUGGGGCUCACCCGGCCCUGGGGGGCCCUUUUCCCUUCCCCCUGCUCCCCCACCCCUGGCUUUUGAGGCCAGGAAGGGGGCUUCCCGCAGCGCCUCCCUGAGGGGUGGGAACCUACCGUUGGGCUGUCCUCCGGGCCUUGGCCUCGCCCCCGUCCUGGGGGUACCUUGAACAUAACAGGAAAUUUCAAACAACAGGAAACCAAGACUGGGCAAGGCAGGCGGCUCCACCCUGCCCCGGGUGCGCCACCCCGGGCGUCAGUCUGCCCCGGGGGACCGCCAUGAACACCACCGGGGCCCCCGCGGAGGCCCCCGAGUCCUGCCAGCAGCUGGCGGCCAGCGGGCACAGCCGGCUCAUCGUGCUGCACUAUAACCACUCGGGCCGGCUGGCGGGGCGGGGCGGGCCCGAGGAGGGCGGCCUGGGGGUCCUGCGGGCGCUCUUCGUGGCCGUGAGCUGCCUGGUGGUGCUGGAGAACCUCCUGGUGCUGGUGGCCAUCGUGACCCGAAUGCGGUCCCGCCGCUGGGUCUACUACUGCCUGGUCAACAUCACGCUCAGCGACCUGCUCACCGGCGUGGCCUACCUGGCCAACGUCCUCAUGUCGGGGCCCCGCACCUUCCGCCUGGCGCCCACGCAGUGGUUCCUGCGGGAGGGCCUGCUCUUCAUGGCGCUGGCCGCCUCCACCUUCAGCCUGCUCUUCACCGCCGGCGAGCGCUUCGCCACCAUGGUGCGGCCGGUGGCCGAGAGCGGGGCCACCAAGCGGGGCCGCGUCUACAGCUUCAUCGGGCUCUGCUGGCUGCUGGCCACGCUGCUGGGCCUGCUGCCCCUGCUGGGCUGGAACUGCGUGUGCGCCUUCCAGCGGUGCUCCAGCCUGCUCCCGCUCUACUCCAAGGCCUACAUCCUCUUCUGCGUGGUGGUCUUCGGUGGCAUCCUGGCCACCAUUAUGGCGCUCUACGGGGCCAUCUUCCGGGUGGUGCGAGCCGACGGGCAGAAGGCCCUGCGCCCCCCGGCCCGCCGCAAGGCCCGCCGGCUGCUCAGGACGGUGCUCAUGAUCCUGCUGGCCUUCGCGGUGUGCUGGGGCCCGCUCUUUGGCCUGCUGCUGGCUGACGUCUUCGGCACCAACGACUGGGCCCAGGAGUACCUGCGGGGCAUGGACUGGAUCCUGGCGCUGGCCGUGCUCAACUCUGCCGUCAACCCGCUCAUCUACUCCUUCCGCAGCCGGGAGGUGUGCCAGGCUGUGCUGGGCUUCCUCUGCUGCGGGUGUCUCAGGCUGGGCCUGCGAGGGCCUGGGGACUGCUUGGUCCGGGCCGCCGAGGCCCACUCUGGGGCCUCCGCCACCGACAGCUCGCUGAGGCCAAGGGAUAGUUUUCGGGGUUCCCGGUCACUCAGCUUCCGGAUGCGAGAACCUCUGUCCAGCAUCUCCAGCGUUCGGAGCGUCUGAGGCACCCCUGGGGCCCCGGGUCCGGCUGCCACUGUGCGGGGCCUCCCCUGGGCCUCGGCGGGGGCCUGGGGAGUGUGCAGGGAUGCUACAGAGCACGAAUGGGGAGGGGGGAACAGGGCGGCUGGCCUCCCAAAGCCUGGAGGUCCUCCCUGCUGACCCCAAGCAGGUUUCCCAUGGGCCCCCUGGAGAAGGAGGGGCCUGCUCAUCUGGAUGGGGCGCCCUGGAGCAGGCAGGAAUGGGUUUGCUGUGCACACCCGCAGUUCCUGCAUGACCCUGGGGAAAGCCCAGCCCCUCUCCGGGCCUCAGUGGGGCUCCCAGGCUGUAUGCGAGGGGCAGCCUGUGGGGUCGAUGCCCUGGCAACAUGGAAGUUCAGUGAUGAUA